CUAAACUUUUCUGAUAAAGAAUUAACAAAAGCUGAUCUUCAAGAUGCAUGUAAUAUAUCUUUAGUUAGUAAUAUUAUGAGUUAUGAGAAGGAUCAAAUAAGGGAUAAUGAAACUUCAUCAGAUAUAUCUAAUGGUUCUACAACCUUAUUAAUUAAUGAAAUCGUUGACUUGGAAAUUGAAAAAUAUUCAGAAUCCCCCAUAGCAGUAAUAGCCCAAGCUGUUUUAUCUGAAGAUUUAGAUUAUGGUCCUUCUAAU